AUGAAGAACAACAACAACACAGGUGAAAGAAUUUCUGUUUUGACAUCACACUUCACUCAUUCAACUUCAAUGGCUUCUGAGAAAGAAGCUGCCCUUGCUGCCAUUCCCCCCGACUCCGAUUCUCCCACCAUAUUUGACAAGAUCAUCAACAAAGAGAUUCCUUCUACUGUUGUUUAUGAGGAUGAUAAGGUGCUCGCCUUUAGGGACAUAAAUCCUCAAGCUCCUGUGCACAUUUUAAUCAUUCCUAAAGUCAGAGAUGGCUUGACUGGUAUCUCCAAGGCUGAGGAGAGGCACUUCGAUAUUCUUGGCCGACUUCUCUACACUGCAAAGCUGGUUGCGAAGCAAGAAGGUCUUGCCGAAGGCUACCGGGUUGUAAUUAAUGACGGGCCACAAGGAUGCCAAUCGGUUUACCACAUUCAUGUGCACGUUAUUGGUGGUCGUCAGUUAAACUGGCCUCCUGGCUAA